AGUCAACAUUCAAUCGUUGCGUUGUAAGGUUCAGUUUACUAUAUACUGAAUUCGACUCGGUUUCUGUUGUAAAAAAAAACAGAAAAAAAAAUUUCAUGUGCUAGAAUCCGUAGACGAGUUUCAUUUUUCGUUUUUAUUGACUGAAUGUGUACGGCAAUUGAUGUUAACUGCAGUUAAAAGUACAAAAAUGAAUCAAGACAACCAAUUUGUUAAAGAAUACAGCGACACUGAAGAGAAUAUUAUCAGCGACGAGUUCAACCGAGUUAAGAAAAACUACUAUCUUGACCAUGCUGGCACCACUCUAUAUUCGGAGAAACAAAUUUCUGCUGUAUUCAACAAUCUGUCGUCGAAUCUCUACUGCAAUCCUCAUACCAGCAAGUCCACCGAGGACUUGAUCGACCAAGUUCGAUUCCGAAUAUUGAACUUUUUCAACACUACUUCCGAUGAAUAUAGUGUGAUAUUUACAUCAGGAGCGACACAGUCUCUUCGUACAGUGGCUGAAACUUUUGAUUUUCAUGGCGAUAAUAUCGACGAAGAGCAUGGGGUUUUCAGUUAUUUGCAAGAUAACCAUACUUCUGUAUUGGGAAUGCGUGAGCUGGUUAAAACCAGUAAAAUCAAAGUGAUAGCUAAACCGGCUUUAAUGGAACUAUCGACAAGAGAUUGUUUGAACGAGGUGGUAACUACGAGACAUACGAAUUCCCUAUUCGUUUAUCCGGCCCAAUGUAACUUUAGCGGAUUUAAGUAUCCGUUGGAAUUGAUUCAUCGAAUUCAACAAAACGGAAUCCAGAACACAAAUCCAUCGAAUUGGUAUGUUUGCUUAGAUGCUGCCAGCUUUGUUGCGACGAAUUUCUUGGACCUAAAGCAAUACAAUGCAGACUUUGUAUGCCUGUCGUUUUACAAGAUAUUCGGUUAUCCGACUGGUUUGGGAGCACUUAUAGUUAGUAAACGCGGUGAGAAAGUACUGCGAAAGAAGUAUUACGGCGGAGGGACAGUUAAAAUCGCUAUGAGCGAAAUUAAUUGGCACAAGAAGAGGGACACAUUCCACGAAAGAUUCGAGGAUGGAACCUUACCGUUUCUAUCGAUAAUAUCCUUGUUGCAUGGUUUUUCCACCUUGGAUAGGCUAGUGCCUCCUAGAGACAAUAUUAAAUCGAUGAUCAGGAUCUCGAGACAUUGUUUCAAUCUGGCAAAAUAUUUGUUUAAGAGUCUGAAGGAACUGAAAUAUGUAAAUGGCCAACGGGUAGUGAAAUUGUACCAUGACACCGAUUUCCAAUCCAUAGAUGAACAGGGUGGCAUCGUUAACUUUAAUUUAUUGCAUGACGAUGGAAGUUUCAUUGGAUUUGCUGAGACAUCGGCAAUCGCCACCAUCUACAACAUUUACUUGAGAACUGGAUGCUUCUGUAAUCCAGGCGCGUGUCAAAGACAUUUGAACUUGUCCAACGAAGAAUUGAGAAAACAUUACAAGGCUGGACACGUGUGUGGUGAUGCCAAUCAUUUGAUUGACGGAGUGCCAACAGGAUCCGUUCGAAUAUCCGUUGGAUAUAUGACGACACGUGAGGACGUGGAUGCAGUGAUUUUCAUGAUAACCGACUACCUGUUGAGUGUUACGGGGAAAAUGUCGAAACACAACAUAAACGGAAACGGAUACACAAACGAAUCGAUGGAAUUCGAUAAAAUUAGAGAGGCUAAACUUUCCGUUGAAAAACCAUAUAACGAGUGCGCCAAUGGCCUGCUAAAUGGAAUUUCAGCGAUCGAUCUCAAAGCAAAUUUGUCCAACGAUAUUCAGUUGACAAAGAGUUCCUAUCCAGUAACUAAAGUGAAAUUGAGGCAACUUUGUGUGUUCCCCAUCAAAUCAUGCGGAGCGUUUAAAGUCUCAACGAAAUGGCAGCUUACGACGCGUGGACUGAAAUUCGAUCGUGAAUGGAUGAUUGUUCGACACAAUGGCGUUGCGUUGACGCAAAAGACCGAAACUAAAUUGUGCCUGAUUACACCGAACAUCAACAUUGCCGAAGGAUGGCUGGAAUUAUCAUUUCCGUACAUGCAGUCCGUUAAAGUUCCGUUGAUUUGUGCUGAGGAAAAUGCACACAUCUUGAGUACUCUAUGUCAGAGUAAAGUGUGCGGAGACCGGGUCGAAGGUAUUGAUUGUGGGGACGAAGUGGCAAGUUGGUUAAGCGAUGCGCUGAGUACUGAUGGAUUAAGGCUAAUUAGGCAAAGUCAACUAGACAAAAGAAAGUUUAAAAACAAUCUGCAGUCAAUUUCUCUGUCGAAUCAAGAUCAAUUUCUGUUAAUAAGCAGAACCACCGUCAAUUGGUUAAUCAGCAAAGUGGACGAUUGGAGCGAGCAAUCUGACCAGGAAGACCAUCUGGAAAAUGUAACAGACAGAUUCCGGGGUAACUUAAUUGUCGAUGCGCCCGAAGUUUUGGAAGAGCUUAAGUGGAAAUCGCUACGCAUUGGAAAUGUUGUACUCAGAGCGGGCGUAGCGUGCACCAGAUGCCAAAUGAUAUGCAUCGAUCAGAAAACUGGUGAUAAAACCACUGAACCAUUAAGGACCAUUGCUAGGGAAUUACAGGGAAAACUCACAUUUGGUCUGUACUUAAGUCAAGCCGAUAUGUCCGGAGACAAUCGAUACAUUGACUGUGAUAAUGAUGUGAUUGUUGAAAAAUGAAACUAAAUUUGAUGAAAGAAAUUAAAUUUUAUUUUUGCGGCUAGACGAGGCUACACAGACAAGCU